ACCGUGGCCACCACAUCGAGCGACACCGCCCCGCGGCGCCGCGAGUAGCCGGGGUGGAGUUAGUGCCGCACGGAGCGGAUAGGGAGGGAACCGAGGGGGGAGAGAAAAAACAAAAAAAGAGUUGCUACAUCUGGCCUUUCCCCUUUACUGAAACCACCUCUGUAUCGGAAACAACUGCAAUACCAUCAACAUUACUGGCUUUCGUUUAAAGGUCCGAGCUGCUGGCGGCGGGAGAGGAUUCAAACGUUCAGGUGUAACUUAGUUGGAGGUACAGAGCAGCAAUCAUGGUGGCCUUGUCAUUAAAAAUUAGUGUGGGCAAUGUUGUGAAGACCAUGCAGUUUGAGCCAUCCACCAUGGUGUACGACGCCUGCCGCAUCAUCAGGGAAAGAGUUCCUGAAGCACAGCUCGGACAACCCACCGACUACGGCCUGUUUCUGUCUGAUGAAGACCCAAAGAAAGGCAUCUGGCUGGAGGCAGGAAAGGCCCUGGACUACUACAUGUUGAGGAAUGGAGACACUUUGGAGUACAAAAAGAAGCAGCGACCUCUGAAGAUCCGCAUGUUGGACGGCACAGUAAAGACUGUCAUGGUAGAUGACUCUAAGAUUGUCAGCGACAUGCUCAUGACCAUCUGUGCUCGAAUAGGAAUUACAAAUUAUGAUGAGUACUCCCUUGUGCGAGACAUCUGUGAGGAGAAGAAAGAGGAGAUAACAGGCACCCUCAAAAAAGACAAGACCCUGCUGAGAGAUGACAAGAAGAUGGAGAAGCUAAAGCAUAAGCUCCACACAGAUGACGAAUUGAAUUGGUUGGACCACGGCAGAACGUUGAGAGAGCAGGGUGUAGAAGAAUCAGAGAUGUUGCUACUGAGGAGAAAGUUCUUCUACUCAGACCAGAAUGUAGACUCCAGAGACCCUGUUCAGCUUAACCUGCUCUAUGUACAGGCCCGUGAUGACAUUCUGAACGGGUCUCACCCAGUCUCCUUUGAUAAAGCUUGUGAGUUUGCAGGGUAUCAGUGCCAGAUCCAGUUUGGAGACCACAACGAGUCCAAACACAAGUCUGGAUUUUUGGAUCUUAAAGAGUUCCUUCCCAAAGAGUACAUCAAGCACAAAGGUGAAAAAAAGAUCUUUCAGGCUCACAAAAACUGCCAGAACCUGACAGAGAUUGAGGCCAAAGUCAGCUAUGUGAAGCUUGCCAGAUCUUUGAAAACCUACGGAGUGUCAUUCUUUCUGGUGAAGGAGAAAAUGAAGGGAAAAAACAAGCUUGUGCCUCGCCUGCUGGGGAUCACCAAGGAGAGUGUGAUGAGGGUGGAUGAGAAGACCAAGGAGGUGAUCCAGGAGUGGAACCUGACCAACAUCAAGCGCUGGGCUGCCUCACCAAAGAGCUUUACUCUGGAUUUUGGUGACUACCAAGACGGUUAUUACUCAGUGCAGACCACAGAGGGAGAGCAGAUAGCCCAGCUUAUUGCCGGCUACAUAGACAUCAUCCUUAAGAAGAAAAAAAGCAAAGACCACUUUGGCCUGGAGGGAGACGAAGAGUCAACUAUGCUGGAAGACUCUGUUUCACCCAAAAAGUCCACAGUCCUUCAGCAGCAGUUCAACAGGGUGGGAAAGGUUGAGACGGGAUCUGUGGCUCUGCCAGCCAUCAUGCGCUCAGGAGCCGGCGGUCCUGAAAGCUUCCAGAUGGGCUCCAUGCCUCAGGCCAAGCAGCACAUCACCAGUGGACAGAUGCACAGAGGACACAUGCCUCCACUGACAUCAGCCCAACAAGCCCUGACUGGAACCAUCAACUCUAGUAUGCAGGCGGUCCAGGCUGCCCAGGCCUCUUUGGAUGACUUUGACUCUCUGCCACCUCUGGGAACAGAUGCUGCAUCACAAGCUUGGCGCAAAAACAAGAUGGAUGAGUCCAAGCAUGAGAUCCACUCCCAGGUGGACGCCAUCACAGCAGGCACUGCUUCCAUGGUCAACCUCACUGCAGGUGAUCCAGCAGAGACAGAUUACACAGCAGUGGGGUGUGCGGUUACCACAAUUUCUUCAAACCUGACGGAGAUGUCAAAGGGAGUUAAACUGCUGGCAGCGCUCAUGGAGGAUGAAGGAGGAAAUGGGCAGCAGCUGCUUGGUGCAGCCAAGAAUCUGGCGUGUGCCGUCUCUGACAUGCUGAAGACCGCUCAGCCUGCAAACACAGAGCCACGUCAGAACCUGCUACAGGCUGCAGGGAAUGUGGGCCAGGCCAGUGGUGAGCUGCUUUCUCAAAUCGGGGAGUCGGACACUGAUCCACAGUUCCAGGACAUGUUAAUGCAGCUAGCGAAGGCUGUGGCUAAUGCAGCAGCAGCGCUAGUUUUAAAAGCUAAGAACGUGGCCCAGAAAGCUGAGGAUUCAACCCAACAGAACCGGGUUAUUGCUGCAGCCACUCAGUGUGCUCUUUCUACAUCUCAGCUGGUGGCUUGCACACGGGUGGUGGCACCAACCAUAAGCUCUCCAGUGUGCCAGGAGCAGCUGAUUGAGGCCGGAAAGCUGGUGGCCAAGUCCGUAGAAGGUUGUGUGGAGGCCUCACAGGGUGCUACCAGUGAUGAAGGCCUGCUGAAACAAGUGGGCGUGGCUGCCACAGGGGUCACCCAGGCCCUAAAUGAAUUACUUCAACACAUCAAACAGUAUGCUAGUGGAGGCCAUCCAAUUGGACGCCACGGAGAAGCCACCGAUCGCAUUCUGGAUGUCACUGAGAACAUUUUCAGCUCCAUGGGAGAUGCUGGUGAGAUGGUUCGACAGGCACGUAUCCUCGCCCAGGCUACCUCUGAUCUGGUCAAUGCCAUCAAGAUGGAUGCAGAGGGUGAAUCAGACCUGGAGAACUCACGCAAGCUGCUUUCAGCUGCAAAACUGCUGGCUGAUGCCACCGCCAAAAUGGUUGAAGCUGCUAAGGGUGCAGCAGCAAACCCUGACAGUGAGGAGCAGCAGCAGAAGUUACGAGAGGCUGCUGAAGGUCUUCGUAUGGCCACAAAUAUUGCCGCUCAGAAUGCGAUCAAAAAACGACUGGUCAACAAACUGGAGAAUGCAGCCAAACAGGCGGCAGCAGCUGCUACUCAGACCAUCGCUGCAGCGCAACACGCCGCCUCGUCCAACAAGAACCUGGCUGCCCAGCAACAGCUGGUGCAGAGCUGCAAGGUGGUGGCUGAGCAGAUUCCUCAGUUAGUUCAGGGUGUCAGAGGAAGCCAGUCUCAACCUGACAGUCCCAGCGCCCAGCUUGCUCUCAUCAGUGCCAGCCAGAACUUUCUCCAGCCUGGUGCCAAGAUGGUUACAGCUUCCAAGGCCACAGUUCCGACAAUCAGCGACCAGGCCUCAGCUAUGCAGCUCAGCCAGUGUGCUAAGAAUCUGGCCAGUGCGCUGGCUGAGCUGCGUACUGCCUCACAGAAGGCUCAGGAAGCAUGUGGUCCACUGGAGAUAGACAAUGCUCUCUCUAUGGUGCGUGGUCUGGAGAAAGACAUCCAUGAGGCGAAGGUUUCAGCGCAGGAAGGCAAACUAAAACCACUUCCAGGAGAAACGCUGGAGAAAUGCUCUCAGGAUGUGAGUAUCAGCACCAAAGCUGUCAGCUCAGCCAUCGCCCAGCUGCUCAGUGAGGCCACACAAGGCAACGAGAACUACACAGGUAUGGCUGCCAGAGAUGUUGCCCAGGCACUCAAGUCCCUCGCCUCAGCUGCCAGGGGGGUUGCUGCAACCACAGAAGAAGUGCCAGCACGCUGCACCAUGCUGGAUUGUGCAGCUGAUGUAAUGGACAAAUCAGCCAACCUGAUUGAUGAGACCAAGAGGGCCAUUGCCAAGCCAGGGGAUGCAGAGAGUCAGCAGAGACUGGCCCAGGUUGCUAAGGCCGUGUCUCAGGCCCUGAACAGAUGUGUGAACUGCCUUCCAGGACAGAGGGACGUGGACAACGCCAUCCAUACUGUGGGCGAAGUCAGCAAGACACUCCUCGCAGAUUCUUUCCCGUCUAGUGGUCGCAGCUUCCAGGAAGUUCAGGCUCAGCUGAAUGAGGUGGCAGCUGGUCUGAACCAGUCAGCCAAUGAGGUGGUUCAGGCAUCCAGAGGAACCACCCAGGACCUGGCCAGGGCAACUAGCAAGUUUGGGCAGGACUUCAGCAACUUCCUCGAGGCUGGCGUUGACAUGGCUGGUACUUCCCAGUCUAAAGAGGAUCAGACUCGUGUGGUGUCCAACUUAAAGACGAUCUCCAUGUCCUCCAGUAAACUGCUCCUGGCAGCCAAAGCUCUAUCAACUGAUCCAAACUCCCCCAAUCUCAAGAACCAGCUGGCAGCUGCUGCUCGGGCUGUUACAGACAGCAUCAACCAGCUGAUCACCAUGUGCACUCAGCAGGCUCCAGGUCAGAAGGAGUGUGACAAUGCUCUUAGAGAACUGGAGUCGGUGAAGGGCAUGCUGGAGAAUCCAACUGAAGCCGUCAAUGAGCUCUCGUACUUUGACUGUAUCGACAGUGUGAUGGAGAACUCCAAGGUCCUUGGAGAGUCCAUGGCUGGCAUUUCCCACAAUGCCAAGAACUCCAACCUGCCAGAAUUUGGAGAAUCUGUCAGUGGAGGCUCCAAAGCCUUGUGUGGCCUCACUGAAGCAGCUGCUCAGGCAGCCUACCUGGUUGGAGUUUCUGACCCUAACAGUACAGCAGGUCAGAAAGGCCUGGUUGAUCCUGCACAGUUUGCCCGGGCUAACCAGUCCAUUCAGAUGGCCUGCCAAAACCUCGUGGAUCCAGCCUGCACCCAGUCCCAGGUUCUCUCUGCAGCCACCAUUGUUGCUAAACACACCUCUGCACUGUGCAACGCCUGCCGCAUGGCUUCUUCCAAAACUCCCAACCCUGUUGCCAAGAGGCAGUUUGUGCAGUCAGCCAAAGAGGUGGCCAACACCACAGCCAACCUGGUGAAGUCCAUCAAGGCUUUGGAUGGAGCGUUUAACCAGGAGAACAGAGAGAAAUGUAAAGCUGCCACUGGUCCUUUGAUAGAAGCUGUGGACAACCUGACAGCGUUUGCUUCCAAUCCAGAAUUUGCCAGCAUUCCUGCCCAGAUCAGCCCAGAGGGACAUGCAGCAAUGGAGCCCAUUGUGGCGGCAGCAAAGACUAUGCUGGAAAGUUCAACUGGGCUAAUCCAAACAGCCCGCUCUCUGGCUGUUAAUCCCAAAGACCCACCUAAAUGGUCUGUGCUUGCAGGACACUCCAGGACUGUGUCUGACUCAAUCAAGAAGCUCAUCACCAACAUGAGAGAUAAGGCUCCUGGCCAAAGAGAAUGUGAUGACGCUAUUGAGGUGCUGAAUGGUUGCAUCCGGGAGGUGGAUCAAGCUUCUCUGGCUGCUAUAAGCCAGCAGCUAACACCCAGAGAGGACAUCUCCAUGGAGGCUCUCCAUGAGCAGAUGGCUGCUUCAGUCCAUGAGAUCAGUAAUUUGAUAGAGCCUGUAGCUGUUGCUGCUCGGUCUGAGGCCUCCCAGCUGGGCCAUAAGGUAUCUCAGAUGGCAAGCUACUUUGAGCCGCUGAUCUUGGCAGCUAUCGGCACAGCAUCCAAGAUCCUGAGCAGCCAGCAGCAGAUGGCUGUGUUGGACCAGACUAAAACCCUGGCAGAGUCAGCCCUGCAGAUGCUGUACACUGCCAAGGAGGCAGGAGGAAACCCCAAGGCAGCACACAUGCAGGAGGCUCUGGAGGAGUCGGUGCAGAUGAUGAAAGAGGCCGUGGAUGACCUGGGUGCAACCCUGGCUGAGGCUGCCAGUGCAGCAGGUGCUGUUGGUGGUAUGGUGCACUCCAUCAAUGAUGCCAUCAACAAAAUGGAGGACGAACCUGCACUUGAACCCGAGGGCACUUUUGUGGACUAUCAGACUACAAUGGUUAAGACGGCCAAAGCCAUUGCUGUCACUGUGCAGGAGAUGGUGACCAAGUCUAACACCAACCCUGAUGAUCUUGGUGGAUUGGCAAACCAGCUGACCAAUGAGUUUGGAAAUCUGGCAACUGAGGCUAAAUAUGCUGCCGUCACAGCAGAAAAUGAUGAAAUUGGUUCUCACAUUAAGAAACAGGUCGGUGAGCUGGGUUUCAGCUGCACAGGCCUCGUCACCAAAGCUGGAGCUCUACAGUGCAGCCCCAACGACUCCUUCACCAAGAAAGAGCUCAUAGAAAGUGCCCGAAAAGUGUCAGAGAAGGUAUCCCACGUGUUAGCUGCCUUGCAGGCUGGAAACCGCGGCACCCAGGCCUGUAUCACAGCAGCCAGUGCCGUGUCUGGCAUCAUCGCAGAUCUGGACACCACCAUCAUGUUCGCCACUGCUGGUACCCUGAAUCGAGAGAACGCAGAGACCUUUGCUGACCACAGAGAAUGCAUUCUGAAGACUGCCAAGGCACUGGUGGAAGACACAAAGAUGCUGGUUUCAGGUGCUGGAGCCAGUCAAGAGAAACUGGCCCAAGCUGCUCAGUCCUCAGUUUCCACCAUCACCAGACUGGCUGAUGUGGUCAAACAGGGAGCUGCCAGCCUGGGUGCUGAAGACCCAGAGACUCAGGUGGUUCUGAUUAAUGCAGUGAAAGAUGUGGCCAAAGCCUUGGGUAACCUCAUCAGCACCACCAAGGCAGCGGCAGGCAAACCUCAUGAUGAUCCCAGCAUGCUUCAGUUGAAGAACUCUGCCAAGGUGAUGGUGACCAACGUGACAUCACUGCUGAAGACUGUGAAGGCUGUAGAGGAUGAAGCUACCAAGGGGACCAGAGCUUUGGAGGCCACUAUUGAACACAUCAAACAGGAGCUAACUGUGUUCAGCAGUUCUGACCCACCAGCAAAGACGACCACACCUGAGGAGUUUAUUCGCAUGACCAAAGGAAUCACAAUGGCAACCGCGAAAGCAGUGGCAGCCGGGAAUUCUUGUCGCCAAGAAGAUAUCAUCGCCACGGCAAACCUCAGCCGAAGGGCGAUCGCUGACAUGCUGCACUCCUGCAAGGAAGCUGCUUACCACCAAGAGGUCAGUAAGGAAGUCCAGAUGAGGGCGCUGCGCUACGGCAAGGAAUGUGCUUCUGGUUACCUGGGACUGCUGGAGCACGUGCUGGUGAUUAUCCAAAAGCCCUCUUAUGAUCUUAAACAGCAACUAGCCAACUAUUCAAAGCGUGUGGCAGGCUCUGUGACGGAGCUCAUCCAGGCAGCUGAAGCAAUGAAAGGCACAGAGUGGGUGGACCCCGAGGACCCCACCGUCAUUGCAGAGAACGAGCUGCUGGGGGCAGCAGCAGCAAUUGAAGCUGCUGCUAAGAAACUGGAGCAGCUGAGACCAAGGACAAAACCCAAGGAGGCCGAUGAGAGCUUGAACUUUGAGGAGCAGAUUCUGGAAGCAGCCAAAUCUAUCGCAGCUGCCACCAGUGCUUUGGUCAAAGCUGCUUCAGCCGCUCAGCGGGAACUGGUUGCUCAAGGAAAGGUUGGUGCUCUCCCUGCCAAUGGAGUGGAUGAUGGACAGUGGUCUCAGGGCCUCAUUUCAGCUGCUCGACUGGUUGCAGCUGCAACCAACAACCUGUGUGAGGCGGCCAACUCGGCAGUGCAGGGUCAUGCCAGUGAGGAGAAGCUGAUCUCUUCAGCCAAGCAGGUGGCAGCUUCCACCGCUCAGCUUCUGGUGGCCUGCAAGGUCAAGGCAGACCAGGACUCCCAGACCAUGAAGAGGCUACAGGCUGCUGGAAAUGCCGUCAAGCGAGCGUCAGACCACCUUGUGAAAGCUGCAAAGAACGCAGUUGAGGAUCAGGACGACCAGCCGUGGUCUUCAACAGUCGAUGUGGGCGGCAUCGCUCAGAUUCUUGCUGCUCAGGAGGAGAUGCUGCGGAAGGAGAAGGAGUUGGAGGAGGCCAGGAAGAAGCUGGCCAUGAUCCGACAGCAGCAGUACAAGUUCCUCCCGUCCGAGCUGGCGGAAGAAGGAGGACGGCGAGUGAGCGUGGUGUCAGUCAGUCGACACUCAGGAUCCGACCAGCACAAUUAACUCCUUCACAAUAAGCAUUUCACAGGGAGAAAAAAAAAGUAUCAUGAUGUUUCAUCUGUUUUCUGUAUUUAAUUUGAAGCGAAAUAAUGCCAAUAACGAUUACUUUUGAUAUAAAUAUGUGCCUUAAGUCGUUACAUUUGAUUAUAUUAUGACCAUUUACAUUUCAGUAUAA